UACUUCAUGUCAGUAGAAAUGGACAGCAGCAGUUUUAUUCAGUUUGACGUGCCCGAGUACAGCAGCACUGUUCUGAGCCAGCUAAACGAACUCCGCCUGCAAGGAAAACUAUGUGACAUCAUUGUCCACAUUCAGGGUCAGCCUUUCCGAGCCCACAAAGCAGUCCUUGCUGCCAGCUCCCCAUAUUUCCGGGACCAUUCAGCAUUAAGUACCAUGAGUGGCUUGUCAAUAUCAGUGAUUAAAAAUCCCAAUGUGUUUGAACAGUUGCUUUCAUUUUGUUACACUGGAAGAAUGUCCUUGCAGCUGAAGGAUGUUGUCAGUUUUCUGACUGCAGCUAGCUUUCUUCAGAUGCAGUGUGUCAUUGACAAGUGCACACAGAUCCUAGAGAGCAUCCAUUCAAAAAUCAGUGUUGGCGAUGUUGACUCUGUUACUGUCGGUGCUGAGGAGAAUCCAGAGAGUCGUAAUGGCGUUAAAGACAGCAGCUUCUUUGCCAACCCUGUUGAGAUCUCCCCUCCAUAUUGCUCUCAGGUGCGGCAGCCCACCACAAGCAGUGAUCUUCGGAUGGAGACAACCCCCAGCAAAGCUUUGCGCAGCCGCUUACAGGAAGAAGGGCACUCAGACCGAGGGAGCAGUGGGAGCGUUUCUGAGUACGAGAUUCAGAUAGAGGGGGACCAUGACCAAGGUGAUUUAUUGGUGAGGGAGAGCCAGAUCACUGAGGUGAAAGUGAAGAUGGAAAAGUCCGACCGGCCCAGUUGUUCGGACAGCUCCUCCCUGGGUGAUGAUGGGUACCACACCGAGAUGGUUGAUGGGGAACAAGUUGUGGCAGUGAAUGUGGGCUCCUAUGGCUCUGUGCUACAGCAUGCAUAUUCCUACUCUCAAGCAGCCUCACAGCCAACCAGCAUAUCAGAAGCUUUUGGAAAUUUGAGUAAUUCCAGCCCAUCCAGGUCCAUGCUGAGUUGUUUCCGAGGAGGGCGUGCCCGCCAGAAGCGGGCUUUGUCUGUCCAUCUGCACAGUGAUCUUCAGGGUUUGGUGCAGGGGUCUGAUAGCGAAGCUAUGGUGAAUAACCCCGGGUAUGAGAGCAGUACCCGGGAGAGGAGUGCAAGAGGUCACUGGUACCCAUACAAUGAGAGGUUGAUCUGUAUUUACUGUGGAAAAUCCUUCAACCAGAAAGGAAGCCUUGACAGACACAUGCGACUACACAUGGGUAUCACCCCCUUUGUGUGCAAGUUCUGUGGGAAGAAGUAUACACGGAAGGACCAGCUGGAAUAUCACAUCCGGGGCCAUACUGAUGAUAAACCAUUCCGCUGUGAGAUUUGUGGGAAGUGCUUUCCAUUCCAAGGUACCCUCAACCAACACCUGAGGAAAAACCACCCAGGCGUAGCUGAAGUCAGGAGUCGCAUUGAGUCCCCUGAGGGAGCAGAUAUGUAUGUGGAACAGAAACUACAAAAUGAUGCAUCGGCUUCGGAGAUGGCCCUAGAUUCCCAAAUGGAAAUACACACAGUUUCUGAUGCUCCUGAUUAA